AUGGAUAGUGUGCGCGGGCUUCCCGUGCUACGGUUAUUGGGAAAAUCCGAACAGCUUUCCGCUGUUUCUCACGAACUAGGAUUCUUCAUAAAUGUGGGAGUAUCUGCUCACUACUCUCUCACUACUGUUACUACUCUACCCGAGCUGCAGUCAAUCAUCUACGCCGCAUUGUCACGUGUCAUUCACAGGAACUCCAUCCUAUCCGCCAUACCAGUCGACGAAGUAUCUCCAGGCGCCUACUUCGUUCGUUUGCAGUCUCUCGAUCUUCGUACCUGCGUACUUUUCAAGACUCGAGCUAGCUCGAUUGAACAGAGCAACCAAGACCAUGAGCUCGACACAAUUCUCCAGGAGGAACACAAUACUGACUUCAAGCCUUCCCGUGAUGCCCUGCCUUUCUGGCGACUGACUAUCCUGCAAGAUGCUGUUGAAGAAAAGGGGUGUGGUUUCACCGCAUCCUUUGUCUUUCAUCAUAGUCUUGGCGAUGGCGCAACGGGAGUCAUAUUCCACCAAUCGUUCCACCAGGCACUUGAGAGUGCUCUCAUGCUACCGUCUCUGGAACCAAACAGCUCGACAAUACGGGUGUCUGAAAGUUCGACUCUUCUGCCGCCACUAUAA